AUGUCUGGAAACGACACCGGCCGGGCCGGUGUCGUCACUGCCCCCACCGAUGGCAACGGCAUGGACAAGCUGGCCAGCGCCAUCCUCGACGACCUGCUCUACAACGUGAUACACGAUCUGAUUAUGAAAACCCAUCGGGACGAGAAGCAAGCCCGUGCUGCCACGGCUGCUAUUCGUGUUGAAACCCUGGCUGCUGAGGCCGCUCAGGACCUAGCCGGUGCCACCGGCGAGUCAAAAUCCGAAGGCCACCAUGAGACCGACGCCGCCCUGUACGAGAGCGGCCAAGUCACCCUCAAGGCCAAUCCUCUCAAAACCACUACCGACAUUCUUUGUCCGCGCUGCCAUCUGCCACGUCUGCUGUACCCCACCGACGGCCGCGGCGCUCACAAGCCCGACCCCAACGUUACCUACUGCAAAAAGCAUCCAUACAUUGACAAACCCGGAUGUGAUAUUUACGGCCAGAUGUGGGUGGCGCCCGGUCCCGGGCGCGGCAAGAAGAAGAAGGACUUUGACAAGAAGGUCUCGGCCGCCAUCCACGCCGCCACCACCGGCUUUGACGGCGACGACGGCAAACCGGGGAGCGCCAACGGCACGGGCGAGCAACGACCACCCAAUGUCCUGUCCUUUCCUUCGGCCACCUGCAGCAAGUGUAAGCGGUGCAUUCUUGUGUCACGCCUGAACAAUCACAUGGGCUCGUGCAUUGGUAACAGCGGCCGCAACGCGAGCCGGGCCGCUGCCGCCAAGAUAUCCAAUGGUGGCAACGGUGCGACGGACAAUACACCGCCUUCGAGUCAAAAGGGCACCCCCAUGCCCAGCUCUCAGGGCAGUCCGCGGAAACGCGACGCCGACGACUUUGACGACGACAACGGCGGCGGAAACUAUGAUGAAUCUGACAUGGCGGGCGGCAGCGGCAGCCAGAGCACCGCCAAGCCCAAAAAGAAGUUCAAGUCGUCCGCUUCUGUCUCCGCCGCUGCGUCCCAAGCUGGUGGCUCCGGCAGCGCCACGCCCUCCGUCUCGUCGAGCCAGGGGCUGUCUGCCGCCUUGAACAAGAAGUUGACGCUCAAGAUGAAGAAUGCACCUGGGUCGCCUGCCCCUGCCGGCUCCGCUGCUGGCCCUGUCAAGAAGCAAAAGGCCAAGCCGAGCUCGGCUCUCAGCUUUGAGCGCAAGAUUGAUGACAACUAUGAUGAUGACGACGACGACGAAGACGACGGUGACGACGGCGAUAAUGGUGACAAUGGCGAUCACGAUCGUGACUAUGUCGACGACGACGAUUUUGGCCGCGGGCGUCUGAGCGGCGAUGACGACGACGACGACGACGACGAUGUUCGUCGCAGCUUUAAACCCAAUGGCCACGGGGGCAGGAGCAACGGUGCCACGAUGGGCGCUUUUUCACUUGGGGCCAAUGGCAAGUUGAAGAAAAAGAAGAAGCUGGUCGAAGGGCCUCCAUCGGCCUCGUCCACACCCACCUCAUCGCCCCCCAAGAAGACCACCAAGGUCCCCGUACCCCCAAUACCAGGCAACAAAAAGGUCAAACUCGUCGGUGGUGGGAGCUUGGGCAGCGGUAUCAACAGCAAGGCGACGCCUCUUUCGCCGCCCGCAUCCAAGAAUGGCAGCGGCGGUGGGGUGCGCGACCUGGAUGCCGGCUCCGAGUCGUCCGGCACCAUGUCGUCGCCGAGGGGCUAG